AUGUCCGUAAUCGAAGGAUACCAAGUUGGCGAAAUCGCUGCUCAGGCCGCUUUUACCUCUGACAUUAUUCUGGCCAACGGUAUUGAUCUCACUACUGCCGUCAGUCAGCAAGAGUUCGCGCGUCGACAGAUGGACACUCGGAAGGGCAUGUACAUCAAGUAUGUACCUUACCAGCCUCACAGUGUCACCGCUCAGGCUGUUGUUGGCGGACGCUAUCUAUUCAACACCUGGGACGAUGCCUUAGACUAUGACGACUGGACGACGAACGUCUUCGAGACGGGCGACCCACCACAGAAGUUUUGGUCCUCAAACAUAUUUCAGAAGGUUGACCGUUGGAUUUGGCGUGUUUCGGGUGCCUGCCAGUUCUUUUUGCCCGAAACUCAUGGUUUCACCCGCUUUCAACGAUGGGAGUACGAAGGAGACAAUGUCGAGGAAGAAUUUCGGGGCGUUUAUCCGAGCCUCCGAGAAGCUGCCAAGGCUCGAGGAGCUGCAGGUAUCUGGCUUCUCUACCAGCCAGACGCUAAGUUGAUUGGAAUUCUCACGAUUAUGAAGAAACCAGAGGUCUUGACCACUGAGUCUGUUCACGAAGCCUUGGAAGAGCUCAAAGCCCAGCCUUCGUUUGGCUCCCUCAUACCUUCGACUUUACGCCCUCGCUCUGUAUUCGAUAAUUCAGCCUUGAUACUCGCGAUGUGGCUUCCAGUUUCUCGUUCGGCAGGCGGUGCUAACCAAGACACUCCUCUGGCACCUGUUCUACCAUCAGUCACGGUUUGA